ACAUUCUUUGAAGCACUUACCUUAGAUCCGGUCGUACAGUCUCUACCUUCAAACAAAAAUCUUCCUUUCCACACAGUCAGUGGAAAAUCUUCAACACCGUCACAACAUUUUCAACAAACACUUUACUUCUUACUACUAUUUUACUUCCAAAUCAAUCUCUAUCUUCCAAACUCUUUCACACAAUUUCACACACUAAUUUCAUCAGAUCCAUCUUUUUUUCUUCAAAUGGGUCACGUAAACCUCCCAGCUUCAAAGCGAACCAGCAACAUCAACCUCAUCUACAACCCCCGUCAAUGGCGUCUUCUAGACCUCAUAUCCGCCCUCUUCUUCGGCUUAGUCUUCCUCUUCUUCAUCCUCGUCUUCACGCCGCUUGGUGACUCUCUUGCAGCUUCCGGGAGGCAGACGCUGUUACUGUCCGGGUCUGAUCCGCAGCAGCGGAUCAGGCUCGUGGCGGCGAUUGAGGCGGGGCAGCCUCGGGUUGUUGAAGCGUGUCCUGCUGAGGCUGUGGAUCAUAUGCCGUGUGAGGAUCCGAGGCUUAAUAGUCAGUUAAGUAGGGAGAUGAAUUAUUAUAGAGAGAGACAUUGUCCGAUGCUGGAGAGUACGCCUCUUUGCCUUGUUCCGCCACCGAAGGGGUACAAGGUUUCGGUGCAGUGGCCGGAGAGUUUGCAUAAGAUAUGGCACAGCAACAUGCCGCACAACAAGAUUGCUGACAGGAAAGGUCACCAGGGAUGGAUGAAACUUGAAGGUCCACACUUUAUAUUCCCUGGAGGUGGCACAAUGUUUCCAGAUGGAGCAGAACAAUAUAUUGAAAAACUUGGUCAGUACAUUCCAAUGAAUGGCGGUGUUCUGAGGACUGCUCUUGAUAUGGGAUGUGGGGUUGCCAGUUUUGGAGGAUUUUUACUAUCGCAAAACAUUGUAACAAUGUCUUUUGCUCCAAGGGAUUCACAUAAAUCACAAAUACAAUUUGCUCUUGAAAGAGGAAUACCAGCUUUUGUUGCCAUGCUUGGUACUCGUAGACUUCCCUUUCCCGCAUUUGGCUUCGACUUAGUCCAUUGCUCUCGAUGUUUGAUUCCUUUUACAGCUUACAAUGCUACGUAUUUCCUUGAAGUUGAUAGAUUACUCCGACCUGGUGGAUAUCUGGUCGUAUCUGGUCCACCUGUCCAGUGGCCUAAACAAGAUAAAGAGUGGUCUGACCUCCAGGGUGUGGCGAGAGCGUUGUGUUAUGAGCUGAUUGCUGUAGAUGGCAACACCGUCAUCUGGAAGAAGCCAGCAGGGGAUCUGUGUCUUCCAAACCAAAACGAAUUCGGCCUUGAGUUAUGUGAUGAAUCAGAUGAUCCCAAUUCUGCUUGGUACUUCAAAUUGAAGAAAUGCGUCAGUAGGCUAUCUUCCGUGAAAGGAGAAUAUGCUGUUGGGAGCAUUCCCAAGUGGCCGGAGAGGCUAACUUCCUCGCCACCUAGGUCAACACUCCUGAAAAAUGUCGCUGAUGUAUAUGAAGCUGACACUAGGCGAUGGGUGAGAAGGGUUGCACACUAUAAGAAUUCGCUAAACAUAAAGUUGGGGACUGCGGCUGUACGGAAUGUCAUGGAUAUGAAUGCAUUCUUUGGAGGUUUUGCAGCAGCACUAAAGUCUGAUCCUGUGUGGGUAAUGAAUGUAGUUCCGUCUCGCAAGCCAUCCACCCUUGAUAUGAUCUUUGACAGGGGUCUUAUUGGAGUCUAUCAUGACUGGUGUGAACCUUUCUCGACAUAUCCGCGCUCCUAUGACCUGAUCCAUGUGACCGGCAUUGAAUCGCUUAUAAAGGAUCAGGCCUCUGGCAAAAGCAGAUGUAACCUUGCUGAUUUGAUGGUCGAAAUAGACCGAAUGUUGCGGCCGGAAGGCACCGUUAUCGUGAGGGAUACCCCUGAAGUAAUCGACAAAGUAGCUCGUGUCGCUCAUGCCGUGAGGUGGAAGCCUACUAUAUAUGAUAAAGAGCCUGAAUCACAUGGCAGAGAGAAAAUCCUAGUUGCAACAAAGACCUUCUGGACUCUCUAAGUCUCAUCUCACUAGCAUAGCUGUGUAUGUAAUUGAGGUAAAUUUUACUUUGAGAAUGGUGGUUUUGAAGUUAUCAAAUACAUGCAUCAAAGGGAUGUGGUUUCUCUUUUUGUUCAUUGUGUAUACAACAAGGAGAAAGUAAGGUUAGGAUAUGAGAAAAAUGUGAAGACUUUGUGAAGUUUUUUUAUAUGAAAGGCACAAGCCUAUGUUAGUUAUAUUUUGUCUUAAAUAUAAGGAUAACUUGUAAUUUUAUAAUUACUUAUAAUCAUUGAAAAACAAUAAUCACCGUUGUAUUUUUGGCUA